CGUGGAGAAGGCGCAAGCAAUCUUCGAUUCUUUGGAGAAUCGCCAAGGAACCCCAAUAAUGCUCUGCAGCCACCACCAGGAUUCCAAGUGUCAAAUGGCCAAAUCAAGGAGUCGAAGAAGGCCGAGCUCUAAGAAGCUCUGAUGGCUUUCAUGAAGUACACAGGCGAAUGCAUGACACAAUCUAAUCAGAGGCUGGACAAGGUAGAAGCUAAUGUGGAAAGUUUGAACAUACACAUGAAGAGCAUCGACACUCAACUCAGUCAAUUUACCAAGUUGUGGGAACUGUACCCAAGCCGGGGCAAUUUCCUGGUAAUACAAGUACCGAUCCCGUCAAACACAAAGAGUGCAAAGCCAUCUGCGCGAGCAUUCAACCCAAUGAAGUGGAAGAAGGGAUGAAUAAAGAGACUGCAGUGGAUAAUGCUUUUGAGAAAGAGGAGAAACGACCUGAACCACCUCGAUUGGAGCCAUAUAUUCCUAAGAUGUCGUUCCCGAGCCGAAUCAAGAAGAAGAUUGUGGAUGAAAAAUUUGAAAAAUUGUUGGACAUCUUCAAGAAGGUGAGUGUGAAUAUUCCACUAGUAGAGGCAUUGCAACAGAUGGCUAAGUAUGCAAAGUUCCUGAAAGACAUGAUCUCCAAGAAGAAGAAGUGGGUGGAGUAUGAAAUAGUGAACAUGUCGGAGAAUUGCAGUGCCAUAAUCCAGAAGAAAUUUCCCGCAAAGCUCAAAGACCCUGGAAGUUUCAACAUAUCAUGUGUCAUUGGUGAUGACAAACACACAAAUGCACUUUGUGAUUUGGGGUGGAGCAUCAACUUGAUGCCCCUAUCCUUCUUUCGGAAGAUGAAAAUCGGCACUCUCAAGCCGACUAGAAUCACGCUCCAAAUGGCUGAUAGAUCUGUCACCUAUCAUGAAGGGAUCAUAGAAGAUGCGUUAGUGCCGGUCAAUGACUUCAUAUUUCCCGUUGAUUUUGUUGUGCUUGACAUGGAAGAAGUAGGAAUGUGCCGCUUAUCCUUGGUCAGCCAUUCUUAGCAUCGGGGAGAGCAUUGAUUGAUGUGUCAAGAGAGGAGCUUACACUCCGCAUGGGCACCAAACACCAUAUAUUAUCCAUGUACAAUGCCAUGAAGAGUCCUAAGGUGGAAGAGCUUGCUAUGAAGAAAGAGUGCAAAGUUAUGCACGUUGUUGAGGUUCAGAAGGCUUAAGUGGCGAAGCCCAAGGUCAAAAAUAUUUCCUCCCCAUGAUGUUUACUUGGGCCAUGUGGAGGUUCGAGUCAUUGCAAAGGGAGACAAAAAAAGCUCAAGGAAGUGAAGGACAAGAAAGCAGAGGCAUCGAGCUUACCCGAGUUUGAGCUCAGAUCAAAUGAUAGCAUGGUGAAGAAAAUAUGGUGGAAGAAGAGGUUGGAAGUAUCAUACUUUUCUAGACGCAAAGAAGAAGCCAACAUCUCCAUUAAUGGGGAAGUGAAAUGAUGAGCUUAUUGAAGACGUUGAGCCAACGACGAUAACCAAAGGCACUAUAGGGGUGGUGACCCCUAAUAGGUAACUUUUAGAUUGUUUUCAUUUUAGUUUAUCUAUCAUAUAAGUCUCUCUUCUCCACCAACUUUUCAAACUUAUUUUUUGCAUAUCAUUGAAUAAGUUUGGGGGGAGGGGUGAUAUGGUGGAUAGUGAACCUUAUGAGGUACUUUACUGCUUUAUUUUUGUUUCGGAUUGAU